AACCUCGCAGCCGGAAAAAGCGGCGGCUCCGUUCACAUCCAAUCGACCUCGUCCGGUUUCUUCUCGUCAUCCCCUGCGUCUGCAUCUGCCUUCUGCCUGCUUCUCCUCCUCACAUAUUCAAACUCAAUUACUUACUCCUCUGUGUGUUGUUCCAUUCCAAAACAAAAGGAGUGACUGAAACAAACAUUACAGGGUAAGGGUUGGGAGAAAAGAAAUAACCAACAAAGGCAGCUGCAGCAGCUAAUUUGGUGGUUAUUUCUUCUCUCUCGAAUGUGGGUUUUCUUGGGGCUGAUUGAGGGCAAAAAAAAAUGAAGUUUGGGGAGACCUUUAUGGAGUAUCUAAAUGGAGAUCAAGAGAGGCAUUUGGAUAAAUGCUCCCACGUUGAGUACAAAAGGCUCAAAAAGGUCCUCAAAAGCUGUCGGACUAGUAGAUCAUCCCCAUCAUUAUCAUCCUUAGACACCGAAGAAGAACAAGACCAACAAAAGCAGCAUCUUCAUCAUCAUCGUCCUGCGGGCCACCAUGGGGAUACUGAUCAUCCUGCUGACCACCAUGGGCAUACUGAUCAUCCUGCAAGCCCUGCGGAUACUUCCUCUAUUACUACUACCUCGUCAUCUCCAUUUUGCCAGUGUCAAUCCUGCCCAUUGUGUGAUCAGAUUUUCUUCUCCGAGUUAAUGAAGGAGGCAUCUGAAGUAGCAGGCUUCUUCAGUUCCAGAGUGAGGCGCCUUCUCCAUCUUCAUAUUGCUUCUGGAAUGCAAAGAUAUGUUGUUCGUUUGCGCCACUUUUUUAAGCAUGAUGAGCAAGUCAUGGUGCAAGAGGGUCGGAUGCUAAUUGAAUACGUCGCUAUGAAUGCUCUUGCUAUCCGGAAGCUCCUUAAGAAAUAUGACAAAGUACACAGGUCUGCAAAUGGCAUGAGAUUUAAAUCUAAGAUGAGGACUGAACAUAUAGAGAUUCUGCAGUCACCAUGGUUAAUUGAACUGGGGGCUUUCUAUAUGAAUUUCACAGGUUCAAAUGGUGGAAGUCCCAAUGACCUUUUCAGCCGAGUCUCUUAUGAACUGAGUACUGCAGAGGCAACGAUGACAUUGCAGCUGUCAGAUCUGUUGAAGUUAGAGUACAAUCUGACUUGUCCCAUUUGCUUGGAAAUUGUUUUCAAUCCAUACGCUUUGAGUUGUGGGCACCUUUUCUGCAAAUUGUGUGCGUGCACUGCAGCUUCUGUGAUGAUAUUCCAAGGUCCCAAGGCUGCACGUCCUGAUUCAAAAUGUCCCGUCUGCAGGGAGGUUGGGGUUUAUUCUAAUUCAAUACACAUGCUAGAAUUAGAUUUGCUCCUGAAGAAAAGAUGCAAGGAACACUGGAAGGAGAGGCUGAGUGCUGAACGUGCUGAGAUGGUGAAGCAAUCUAAGGAUUACUGGGAUAUGCAAACCAAAUUUAUGGUAGGAUUUUGAGAAGAUCAUCGAGUUUUAGAGUGGGUGAUAUGUAUGUUUGAUUAGACCCUGAAGUGUAAACAUGCAUUUGUGGAGGAUUGGUGACGCUUUUGACGAACUAGGAAGCCUGGAUAUGAAAAUUUAUGCAAGUUUUUUUCUUUUCCAGAAAUUGUAACAUUUCAAGUUUACUUCUUUUUUCAACUGGUCGGAGAAAGAAAAUCAUUGCAAUGAAAUGCAUAGUA